CCCGGGCCCCUCUCCUCCUCCGCCGCCGCGGCAGACACUCUGAUUGCCAUGGCAGCCACCAGAAAUGUGAUGAGAGCUGUCAGGGUCUUUGAAUUUGGGGGCCCUGAGGUGCUGAAACUCCAGUCAGACGUCGUGAUCCCCAGUCCAAAGGAACACCAGGUGCUAAUUAAAGUCCAUGCCUGUGGGGUGAAUCCUGUGGAGACCUACAUUCGUUCUGGAACCUACGCUCGCAAGCCAGCUUUACCCUACACCCCUGGCACAGAUGUGGCUGGGGUCAUAGAGAGUGUUGGGGAGCAUGUCACAGCCUUCAAGAAAGGUGACAAGGUUUUUACCACUGACACCAUCUCUGGAGGAUAUGCAGAGUAUGCAGUUGCUGCAGCUAACAGAGUCUUCCCUUUGCCAGACAAACUGGACUUCAAGCAGGGAGCAGCCCUUGCCGUCCCCUAUUUCACUGCCUACCGUGCUCUGUGCCAAAAAGGGCGUGCCAGGGCAGGGGAGAGCGUGCUGGUGCAUGGUGCCAGUGGAGGAGUGGGAAUAGCAACCUGUCAGAUUGCCAGAGCUUGUGGUUUAAAGGUUUUGGGUACAGCAGGAACUGAGGAAGGCAUGAACACGGUUCUGAGGAACGGUGCCCACCAAGCAUUUAACCACAGGGAAGCUAAUUACAUCAGUAAAAUCAAGGAAUACACAGGAAUGGAAGGAGUUGAUAUAAUAAUAGAGAUGCUCUCCAACAUCAACCUGGCUACUGACUUGCAGCUGCUGUCCUGUGGAGGAAGGGUGAUGAUUGUGGGCUGCAGAGGUCCCAUUGAGAUCAAUCCAAGGGACACCAUGAGUAAAGAGUCCAGCAUCAUUGGAGUUGGUCUGUUUCUUGCAACUGAGGAGGAGAGGCGUGAGUGUGCCACGGCAGUCUUUGAUGGCAUAGAGGCUGGCUGGCUGAAACCAGCUGUGGGCUCUGAAUAUCCCCUGGAGAAGGUGGUGAAGGCUCAUGAAGACAUCAUUCACUGCAGUGGGGCUCGAGGAAAGAUGGUGCUGGUUCCAUGAAGUCCUUUGCCAUUUGCUUUGUGGCUGCUGUAGCUGCACCUUUGCUUCCACGAUUCAUCGACUGGGUGUUACCAAGCAUCCUUUGAUCAGGUUUGACAGUGACAGCAAAGGCCACCUUAGGUUAAUUAAUUGCAUUAAUUCCCAACAUUUUCUGAUGAUCAGGGUUGCAUAUACUUUUCAGUGAUUUGGGGAGCUGCUUUUUUGUCUGAUGUGUCUGCUGGUGUGGCUUUGAGGUGCAGGGAAACGAAUAUCUGGAUCUUGUGCUCAAUGUGAAGUGACAGGGAGGCCACUGCAGGUAGUGCCACCUGGUUUGUAAGCACAUACAGAUAGAGCUGCCCAUGUGUGUGCCCCUAGGAUAGAACUAUGUACAUUCUGUAGCCACAACAUUAAUCUUGUUCAUCUUUUGUCACAUCAUUUACUUGGAAUAAAGGCUUUUACUGACAGCGUCGUGCACUUUCCAGUUCA